AACAAAUUUAGUAUUAAAAAAAUUACUCAAGUUGCCAGGAACAUAUACUUGUAGGUUUUGCUUAUAAAACAGCAAGUAAAAGACUCAAACUUCACACAAUGAGAGGAACAGAGAUGGAAGCCAACCAAAAUGAAGCUGAGAUUGCUGCAGAAUCAGAGCAAGUUCUUAAAAGCAAGAAGUUAUCAUGGGGAAAACUUCGCCGUGUUGAUUCGUUCCAUGUGGAGGCUGGAAGGGUUUCCAAUGCUCACCAUCAUGCUUCUCAGGUUGGGUGGAAAACAACACUACACUUGGCAUUCCAGAGCAUUGGAGUGGUAUAUGGAGACAUAGGAACAUCUCCUCUGUAUGUUUAUGCAAGCACCUUCACUGAUGGGAUUAAGGACACAGAUGAUCUUUUGGGUACUUUGUCUUUGAUCAUGUACACCAUUCUUCUUCUUCCUUUACUCAAGUAUGUCUUUAUUGUUCUCUGGGCUAAUGACAAUGGUGAUGGGGGUACUUUUGCAUUAUACUCUCUGAUAUCAAGGUAUGCAAGAGUGAGCAUGAUACCAAACCAACAGGCUGAAGAUGCAAUGGUUUCAAAUUAUAAACUAGACACAGCAACCAAACAAUUGAAGAGAGCUCAGUGGGUGAAGGAGAAGCUGGAGAACAGUGCAAUGGCCAAACAGUUUCUUUUCUUUAUCACAAUUUUGGGUACCUCCAUGGUUAUUGGUGAUGGAGUUUUAACUCCAUGCAUCUCUGUGCUUUCAGCUGUGAGUGGGAUCAAAGAAAAGGCAACUUCACUAAGCACUGGUGCUAUUGAUGGAAUUGCUGUGGCAAUCUUAAUUGCGCUCUUCUUAGCUCAACGAUUCGGCACAGACAAAGUUGGCUACUCAUUUGCACCGAUAAUAUCACUCUGGUUUGCUUUUAUUGGUCUUAUAGGAGCAUACAACUUGAUCAAGUAUGAUAUCCGUAUUCUUCGUGCAUUCAACCCCAAGUAUAUUGUGGAUUAUUUCCGAAGGAACGGGCAACAAGGUUGGAUUUCUCUAGGAGGAAUUAUUCUUUGUAUUACAGGGACUGAGGCUAUGUUUGCUGAUCUUGGCCACUUCAAUAUCAGAGCCAUUCAGAUUGGCUUCUCCGUAAUAUUGCUUCCUUCAGUAUCACUAGCUUACAUGGGACAAGCUGCUUAUCUCACUAAAUUCCCCGAAAAUGUUUCAGAUACUUUCUACAAAUCAAUUCCAGGUCCACUUUUCUGGCCAAUGUUUAUAAUAGCUGUUUCUGCUGCAAUUAUCGCAAGCCAGGCGAUGAUCUCCGGUGCAUUUGCAAUAAUAUCUCAGUCACAGAGUCUAGGUUGCUUUCCCAGAGUGAAGGUAGUUCACACUUCGGCAAAAUAUGAAGGCCAAGUCUACAUUCCUGAGAUUAACUACACACUAAUGAUCCUCUGCGUGAUCGUUACACUAAUAUUCAAAACAACAGAAAAAAUCGGCAAUGCAUACGGUAUAGCUGUUGUUGCAGUCAUGGUCAUCACAACAAUGAUGGUGACACUGAUAAUGCUGGUCAUUUGGAAAACAAACAUUUGGUGGAUUGCACUCUUCUUCUGCGUAUUCGGAGGAAUUGAAAUCAUCUAUUUAUCUUCAGUCUUGUACAAAUUCAAGCAAGGUGGUUAUCUCCCACUGGCUUUUGCAGCAUUCCUGAUGAUCAUAAUGGGAGUAUGGCAUUAUGCUCAUGCAGAAAGAUACAACUAUGAAUUGAAAAACAAAGUCUCAAGCAGUUACAUCAAAGAUUUGGCAGAGAAUCAAGACAUAAAAAGAUUGCCAGGAAUAGGACUUCUUUAUUCAGAGCUAGUACAAGGAAUACCUCCUAUAUUCCCUCAUCUCAUUGAAAAAAUGCCAUCAAUUCACUCUGUUCUUGUAAUAGUCUCAAUAAAGUAUCUCCCCAUCAGUAAAGUCGAAAUGGAGGAGAGGUUUCUAUUCAGACAGAUUGAGCCAAAGCACUACAGAGUGUACCGAUGCGUGGUUCGAUACGGAUACAAAGACGCACUGGAAGAACCUAAAGACUUCGAAAGAUCUCUUGUCGAAAACUUGAAACAUUUUAUCCAACAAGAGACAUUCUUUCUUGAAAAUGCAGGCCAUGCAAACACUAGUGGUGAUCAUAAUGCGGAAGUUAAGCCAAGAAAGUCAGGUGCAUCUGCAGUGUAUGUAGAGGAGACAUUAACACAAGGACAAGGGAAUCACUCACAGGGAUCUUCAGAUAGAAUAUUAACAGAGGCACAACAGGCAGUGCAAUUAGCUGAAGAUGAGAUGCAGUAUGUUCAGAAGGAGAUGGAGAAUGGAGUGGUGUAUUUGCUGGGAGAGGCAGAGGUGGUUGCACAUCAAGAUUCAAGUCUGAUUAAGAAAGUGGUGGUUAAUUACUUGUAUAACUUCAUGAGGAGGAACUUCAGGCAAGGUGAAAAGGUCAUGUUGAUUCCUCGUAGCAAGUUGCUAAGGGUGGGGAUGACUUAUGAGAUUUAAAUUAAUGGUUUAUGAUUUGAUCUUUUUACUCAGGGUGGAUUGUGUGACUUUUCUGGAUCUUGUCAGUCUUAAUAUGUAACUAUUCUCACUGCUAUCAGUAAAAUUUAAUAGAAAAAUAAAAAUAUUUUAAACA